AUGUCGACGACCAAAUGGGCCACUGAGGCGGACUUCGCCGAACAUAGGGCAACAAUCACGAGCCUUUACCGCCAGAAGCCUCUUGUAGAUGUCAUGGAACACAUGCGACGAGAGCACGAGUUCCAAGCUACUGCGCGUAUGUACAAAGCGCGACUGAAGAGAUGGCAUGUCACCAAGUACGUCAGGUAUGGUAAAGAUAAUGCCCAGCGCCAGACGGGCAAGACACCACAUGCACACGUAGACGACACUGCUCGGUCGAUAACCUCCCGGCAACCUGCGCUACCGACUGUGGCACCAGGUCUUGGAGCACCAGUUCAUCAGCAGAAAGUACUGGACUGUCUUAAGAUUCUGGAGAAGUACGUCGAUGUAAACUCGGCGCGCGGACGGUGGCAGACAUCACCUACAUUCAUGGUGUCCCUCCAGAACAGCGACUGGCUAGCACAGAUGACCACAGUUACUAUACUCCUGAGAGGCGGACAGGUACAGGCUGGCUUUAGACUCCUAAGCGGUUGUUUCGAUACCUACAAAGCCAACCUAAAGGCAGAAAGCCCCUUACUCACCUCUGAAACCUUUAUGGCCGCUUUCCAGCUUAUGAGUAUCUCGCCUCGCUUGGGAUGGUCAUUCUUAAAGUAUACCUGCCAGCUGAGUGGUAUCGUUCUCGAAAUGUCGCAUCCAUUGACUCAACUACUAUCCAAGUACUUAACGUUCGAUAAUGAAGCAUUCGCAAACUGUAGCGACCUGUUCCUGGGUUGCUUCCUCAAUCUGAUGAAGCAACAUGUCUCCGGCUGGGACGACUCCCACCGCGACGCGCUGUUAUUGACAACUGGUCGCAUGUUCCUACUCAGUCUCACCACAUUCUCACAAUACCGAGAAUUGACACUAAUGUCCAAAAAUGACGAGACAUUGCCAUUGUUAGGUCAUCAGCACGUCCUGCAAUAUGACAACGGUGAGUUGCCACCCGCAGCUACGCGACCAGAGACACUUUCGCUCUAUCCCCUUCAUCCCGCACGAAUCAAGGUAAUGAAGCAGGAGCCAGGAGGAGUCGAAUACCUGUCUUUCGAGAUGCUUUGA